GCUACCUGCCAGCAGCCGAUGCGCGGGGCGGCGCGGGUGUCCCUGCAGAGCGCCAGGCCAUGCUGCAGCACAGCACCCUGCUCCACCUGAUCGCUGGAGGAUGUGGUGGCACAGCUGGAGCCAUCCUGACCUGUCCCUUGGAAGUGGUGAAGACACGACUACAGUCAUCCCAACUGGUACUGCGGCCUCUGUGCCUCUCAGAGAUACACCUACCAGGGAUGAGUGUGAGGCUGAUGAACCCCACCCCAUCUCCUGGAGUGCUGAAGCUGCUGAGGGCCAUUAUUGAGAAGGAAGGUGUGCGAUCCCUGUUCCGAGGUCUGGGUCCCAACCUUGUUGGGGUUGCUCCUUCCCGGGCUAUAUAUUUUGCUGCCUAUUCUCAUGUUAAGGAGAAGCUCAAUGCUGUCCUUGUACCAGAGUCCAAGAAAGUACACAUGCUAUCAGCAGCUUGUGCAGGCAUUACUUCUGCCACACUCACCAAUCCUAUCUGGUUAGUGAAAACCAGGAUGCAGCUGGAAGCCAGGGUGAAGGGGGAGACGGCCAGCAACGCUCUUCAGUGUGCCAUGCAUGUGUACCGCACUGAAGGCCUUCGUGGGUUUUACCGUGGUAUCACUGCUUCCUAUGUUGGAGUGUCAGAGACCAUUAUCCACUUUGUCAUCUAUGAAGCACUGAAGCAGCAGCUGAGAAACAGCCAUCAUUCCCUUUCCCCACCACUCACACUUUCACCAAAAAGCCAUGAUUUCUUUGGAUUAAUGGGAGCUGCUGCUGUCUCCAAAACAUGUGCUUCAUGCAUUGCAUAUCCACAUGAGGUCAUUCGGACACGGUUGCGAGAAGAAGGGUCACGAUACCGUUCCUUCAUACAGACUCUGCAGCUUGUGGUCCAUGAAGAGGGACCUUUGGCUUUAUACCGAGGGCUCCUGGCUCACUUGGUCCGUCAGAUCCCAAACACAGCUAUCAUGAUGGCUACCUAUGAACUCAUCGUACAUUUGGCCUCUUCCACCUUGUAAGCACACUGUAGCAGCUGGUUGAGGCUGCUGUAGGCACCUCAUGAUUCUGAGAAUUGGUCUUUUUCAGUGGUCUGAGAGGUGCUUUUCAUCACAUAUCAGAACUGGGUCGGGCAUAGCAUUCUCAGGACAAAAGCCUUUUCUUGUGCAGAGUGUUUGGCUCUGAUGUGUACAGUGUAGCCUUUCUUCUUUCUGGAGACUUGAAUUGCUCCAGUGCUUCAGGAUUGACAUCCUGGUUUGACAGUGCCUGCUGUAAGCUCCCUGUAUGAAACAAGGGCACAACACUUACUGGGAAGGAUACAAAAGAGAAGGCAUAAGAGUACCUUAGUCUCAGCAUGUUCACUUCUUUUGGACCCAGUGGGCACAGUCAGACAUGACAGGCUAGAGCUCAGACAUCUGAGAACUGCAGCAGGUUGAGAUCUUUAGCUGAGACUUUUCAUAACCUUAGAGGGGCUCUUUCACCUCCUGUGCUACCUUCCUGCCUCUAAGGAGGAUUUCUCAAUCUCGGUUAUGUCCUAUUGCAGAAUUAUCUUUUGGGUCCUUCCCAUGUUGCAGCCACUGCCCCGAGGUGUGUCAGGUAACUGACAGCCUCUUUUGUCUUGCAGUCUGAAUAAUCAGACCAAGUAGAUCAAGGGAAGAAGCACAACCUGCUAAAAAGCACUACCUUCACAACUCAUGCUAAUGGGCUCAUAGCCAUGUUUUGCCAAUAUCUGUUGUGUCCCAUCCCCUCCAUUCCCAAAAGAGAGAGUACACCUUCCCUUGGAAGUGCUGGUUCUGUUCUGCUACAAGUUGGAACCCUGGUAUGAAAAAUACUCUUUUAUGUAGAAAGAAAGCGGAUUGGGUAAAAAAAAAAUCUGGAUGAAGCUGAGGAUUUGGCCUAUUUCUGUUCAUGAUGCACUAAGUGUAUGGAGAGAGCCUUACUUUUUCUUUUCUGUAAUCAAGAAUUCAGUUUGCUGCGUGUGUUAACACGUGCCUGUGCCAGGCUGGGCUGCCUUCUGUUCCUCUGCAGGGUCCUAGCCCCAUGUCCUGGGGAAGGCUACAUUGUGUUUACACAGAGUAUUUUGACUCUCAGGGUCAGGGGUGAUGUGUGUUUCUUGUUCCAACACAUACAGUCAAAAAGGUAACCCUUCCCUGAGAAAGGCAGUCAUUUCAGUAAAUAAAUGCUCUGGACAAUCUCCAGUCUUACA